CCGACCUGGUUCUGAAGCGCGCGCGCGGGCAAACGAGGCCGCGCGCGCACUGCGGGGAGUCCUGGGGGAUCCGCAAUCCAGGCCAGCGCAGGCCCGGCCGCGGGAGUCCGCACCCUGCGCCCUUCGGGCGGGCCCCCGCCCGGCCGCGGGAUGGGCGCCGGGCCAGUGCCCGCCCAGCCGCGGGCGGGCGGGCAGCUGCAUGCCAGAGAGGGGCGGUGACGCGGCGGCGCGCCCAGACUGCUGCUGGCCAUCCUUCGCCGCCCCUGGCGGCGGCAGCGCUGGCGCUCACUCGGUGGAGGAGGUGCCGGCCACAGUCGCCGACCGCCCCAUGGACGCGCCCGUGGAUCUCCUUCGCAGGGUGAACGACACGCUCGUCCAGGAGCAGCGGUCGCAGGGCCUGGCGGCGCUGGAGGCGCUGGUCAAAAGCGGCGAGUUCCGCGACUGGCCGCUGGACCGGGAGCUCUACGAGCAGCUCUUCGCCCUGCUGCCCGCUGCCUUCUCGUGGAGGGGGCCGGAGGCCAAGGC